AUGGCCUUUGACCAUAUGCCAGGUGCAACUGUGGAUUUGGGGAUGACCGCCAUUGGGUACAAUGACUGGGAUGAGGAAACCGCGAAAAGGAACCGGCCUGUCGUCUUUGCCUAUGGUGGCAGUGAGAUCAAGAAGAAUGAUCCGGACAUCAGCCUCACAGAGUUCAACCUGAGAGGCAAGUUCGCCAAAGACACGGAUGACAUGAAGUGGAUCAAGCGGCCUGGUAGAGGCAAGGAGCCGGAAAAGCUUCCCGGGCGCCUUGCUGGCUGCCACCUGCCCUGGACCGCAAACGAGCGCUUGGCCGUGGUGAUCACAGGCCACGACUCCUGCACCUCUCAUGCACGGGCGAGCCAGAAGUGCCCUUGCCGAAGCUUAAGGUGCAGAAUGCGCAAGUCAUGA